AUGAAAGCAAUAGCUUACCUUCCACAGCUAGAACUGCCGGAAAGCAGAGGUUGGACAGGCUCCGGCAGCCCCAGUACAGCGAUGCGAGACAGCAGCGAAACCAACUCAAAUCUGGACCAAGUUUGGACCAAACCAAAAGCACGGAGACAGAGGGGUGCGCGCAGCGAGGCGGCUCUGCAGCAGCGCAGCCUCCUGCAACAACUGCCUUCCAAACUGAGGCUCAUCUGA